GCCUCAUCCUCAUCGGAUGGCUGUAUCUGCCCACUUAUGUAGUCGAGUUUUGGAAAGAUUUUCAAUAUUGCAUGUCGCGGAUCUGUUGAUAUUUAAUGCGAAGUGAUACCGCGCGUACGUUCCAGUUCAACGAUUAAUUACAGUUCAACGAUUCAAUCUCCAGUAAUGCGACACGUGUCGCUUUUCAGCCCGCGUCUUUAACAACCAAGUUCGAGCAGCGGUUGUCCCGUUGUCGAGGAGAACGUUGCAACGAUAAUGUCAUUAUUCAACAAGCCGAAGCGGAACAUACGCCGACGUCCUUUCGAUGAUGAAGACGAGGAUAAUGAGAACAGAAUGGAGGUGGAGGACGCACAACCAGUCAAAGUUAAAACGAAGAAGGAUAAACCAAAGCAGACGCGCCUCAGCUUUGGAGAGGAGCUGGAACAAGGGGACGACGGAGAAGUUUUUAUAGUCAAGAAAUCUUCGAGGAGCAAAAAGCUGAUGAAACAGCUAGAUCACGAAAGGAGAAAAAAGAAAGGUGAAGAGAAAAUGCAAGUGGACACUGAGCAAGCGAAUAAAUCCAUUAAGCAGGAAAAAGAUUUAGAAAUAAAGACAGAUGAUCUAGUAGUUAAAAUAAAAAACACAGGACCCCUGAUUUUAAACGGACGAGCUGCAUUGGCAGCAGGAAAAGAUGACUAUACAUCGGGUGAGGAGGAAGAUGAACCUUGCAGUCACAAAUUUAGGAAAAAUACAGAUAAAGCUGAAACUGUAAAAAUACUUCUUGAGAGUGGAUGUAUACCUGAUGCAGCUAUGAUUCAUGCAGCGAGAAAACGCAGACAGAAAGCAAGAGAAUUGGGAACCGAUUACAUUCCUAUUGAAGAGCAGAGCGAUGACAAGGGCAAAUCAAGAUUAAUACGAGAGGAAGAUCAUGAUCGAAGUGACGAUGAUGAUUCUCAAGAUCGACUAGAUAUGACUGUCAACACUGAAGCACGUGAUAAAGAAAAGAGGAGAGAAGCAUUUCUUGCUUCUCAAGUUCCAUUAAAAUUUUCAGAUAAUGAAAGUGAACAUGAAAACGAAGAAGAAGAGUGGGAAGCUCAACAAAUACGAAAAGGUGUAACCGGUGCUCAGAUUGCAGCAGCACAGCAAGAUUCUAUGUUGCAACAACAAUAUACAAUGGGCAUGAAUGUUAAUCAGAUAAUUGGAUCUGGUGUACCUUUAGAAAUGGUAUUAAUGCCUGCACCUCCACCGCCACCAUCUAUUCAACCACCAGAUCCAACAAAAAUCGUACCUGUUACUCCACAAGAAGUUGUAAACAGGAUGCGCACAAGGUUGGACAAUUUGAAAGAGGUGCAUAGACGGCAUCAGCAAGAUCAGGAGCGUUUAGAAGGAGAAUUACAACAAACCAUAAAAGAAUUGGACGAAAGUGAAGUUCGUACGCCGCAUUAUGCACAGCGCUUCAGAUAUUACCAAGAGUUGCGUGGGUAUGUCACUGACUUGGUAGAGUGUCUUGAUGAGAAGCUUCCCCUGGUCAUCGACUUGGAACAACGCUGGUUAGAUCUAUAUGGUGAACGUUCAGUCGAAUUGAUGGAACGAAGACGACAAGAUACGAGAGAUCAGGCAGAAGAAAUAACUACUACAGCAAGAGGUCAAGCCAUGAGAAGAGGACCAGAAGUAGAAGUACACGUACGACGAGCUACAGAGAGAGAAGGUAGAAGAGCACGUCGUAGAAGAGCAAGAGAAUUAGCAUCAAAUAUUCCAAAGCACAUUGAUGGCAUGUCUAGUGACGAUGAAGUUACUGAGCAACAAAAUCUUAUAUUUAAGCAAGCGAAAGAUGAAAUCGAUAAUAAUUGUAAAGAUAUAUUUUCUGAUGUUAUGGAAGAAUAUUGUACAGUACGUGGUAUCCUUUCAAAAUUCGAGUCAUGGAGAGAAACAGACAUGGAUGCCUACACAGAAGCUUAUGUAUCGUUGUGUUUACCUAAAAUUAUUUCGCCUAUUAUCAGAUUACAACUACUUACUUGGAAUCCGAUUAUGGAAAGCGCUGAUCUAGAAAGGACAAAGUGGUAUAAUACAUUGCUUCUGUAUGCUUUAGAUAGUAAAGAGACAGAAGAAUCAUUGAAACGAGAUCCAGAUGUUAGAUUAAUACCAUCCACAAUUGAAAAAAUUGUGAUACCAAAAUUGACAUCUAUUAUUGAAAAGAUAUGGGACCCAAUGUCAACGUCUCAGACGUUACGUCUUGUUGGAACUAUAAAUCGAUUGAUAAAGGAAUAUCCUAAUUUGAAUGAUACCAGUAAACAGUUGGAAACUUUAUUCAACGCUAUUUUAGAUAAAAUUAAAGCUGCUAUUGAAAAUGAUGUUUUCAUACCUAUUUUCCCAAAACAAGUUUGGGAUACAAAACAUCAAUUCUUCCAAAGACAAUUUGCGAUGGCUGUUAAAUUAUUGCGCAAUUUAUUAAGUUGGCAAGGUAUUCUUGGGGAUAUACAGUUAAAAAAUUUGGCACUUGGUUCGCUUUUAAAUCGUUAUUUGCUCGCUGGGUUACGCGUUUCUUGUCCAACUGAUGCUUUAUUCAAGGCAAACAUGAUUAUGAGUACGCUACCAAGAGCAUGGCUGCAAGGAGAAACUAUUGAACACCUUAAAAUGUUCGCCACACUUAUUCAACAACUUAGCGAACAAUUGGAUCAGGCAAACCCUGCACAUAAUGAAGCCUGGGAAUAUGCCAAAUCCAUCCUGAAAAUAAUUAAGCCCUUAUAAUAUGUUGAUUAUUAUAUGUAUGUGUCAGUAAUAUU